GUCAUCAUCAAAGCCCGCUACGUACAUGCGCAAGUCUAUCUCUAUGUCUGUGGCGAUGUGUGUGUGUGGGGCUCAGGGUUUUGGCCAGUGCAGUGCGUGGUACGUGUAGCAAUAGUCGAGAACGGGUUCGGAUACUAACGCAUUGAUCUCGGGGCAGGGCUUCCUCUAUAAGAAACAGAUGCUGGGUGGAGUGGGUGCUCGACGCGGUAGGGUCUCAUCCCCGAUGGGACGUUUGGCAAACGCAAAUACCUUUAGUCUGGAUGACAACAUUGCCAUCAUUGGAGAUGGCGUCACCAGGGGCGGCACACCGCCGGGUUCGCACCCACUUAACAAGCGCCGACGACCCCUAACAGCCGCUGGCCCGGACAAUUGUGCACCAUUACCAGCGCGUCUCAAUUUGGGUGAUAUUAUGUUGGAAGCAGCUCAGGAAGCAGUGCUAGCAGGGCAUCAACAGGACUCCUUAGGCGGGGGGCACUUGGGUCGAAAGGGAGCCCAUCGCUUAGCUGAUAGAAUGGGUGGCCCGAAAAAAGAGGAAAACCCACCAGGUGGUGGUCCGACGUCAUUGUUUAUCCUAACCGAGGAUAACCCAAUUAGAAAGUACACACGAUUCAUCAUUGAAUGGCCGCCCUUUGAGUACGCUGUGUUAUUGACAAUCAUAGCCAACUGUGUUGUGUUGGCAUUAGAAGAGCAUUUGCCAGAGGGCGACAAGACAGUAUUGGCUCAAAAAUUGGAAAAAACGGAGGCCUAUUUUUUAUGCAUUUUCUGUGUAGAAGCAUCGCUCAAGAUCCUUGCCUUAGGGCUUGUUCUGCAUAAACACUCCUAUCUCAGGAAUAUUUGGAACAUCAUGGAUUUUUUCGUUGUAGUGACGGGCGCCAUGACGAUAUUUGCCGAGGCCAAUAUUGAUGUUGACCUACGCAUGUUGCGUUCGUUUCGUGUUUUACGGCCGCUGAAACUUGUAUCCCGAAUACCAAGUUUACAAGUAGUUUUAAAAUCUAUAAUCAAGGCGAUGGCACCUUUACUGCAAAUCGGACUCUUGGUGUUGUUUGCAAUCGUAAUAUUUGCAAUCAUUGGACUCGAGUUUUAUUCGGGCGCACUGCAUAAGACUUGUUAUAGCUUAGAAGAUCCAAACAAACUAGUGAAGGAAGGUGAAUCGGAGACACCCUGCAACACUGAUAACACCACAGAGAAAGCGGGAGGUUCCUAUGUGUGUAAUAUUACGACAAGUAUGUGUCUGGAGAAAUGGGAUGGACCAAAUUCAGGCAUAACAAGCUUUGAUAAUAUUGGCUUCGCCAUGCUGACGGUAUUCCAAUGUAUUACCAUGGAGGGCUGGACGUCAAUACUAUAUUGGACCAACGACGCAUUAGGUUCAUCAUUUAAUUGGAUAUAUUUCGUGCCUCUUAUAGUUAUAGGCUCAUUUUUUAUGCUCAACUUAGUUCUUGGUGUCUUGAGUGGUGAAUUCGCAAAAGAACGAGAAAAAGUAGAAAAUAGACAAGAAUUUCUUAAACUUAGAAGGCAGCAGCAACUAGAAAGAGAAUUAAACGGCUAUGUUGAAUGGAUUUGUAAAGCUGAGGAGGUUAUAUUAGCCGAAGAACGAACAACCGAGGAGGAGAAAAUGCAUAUUAUGGAAGCUCGCAGGCGAAAUGCAGCUAAGCGAAAAAAGCUGAAAAGCUUAGGAAAGUCUAAAUCAACUGAUACUGAAGAAGAAGAGGCUGAGGAGGACUAUGGCGAUGACGGUUACCUGAAAACCCGUUCAAAACCCCAAGGCAGCUGUACAGGAUUUUGGCGAGCCGAGAAAAGAUUUCGUUUCUGGAUACGACAUACAGUCAAGACGCAAUGGUUCUAUUGGUUCGUAAUAGUGCUCGUCUUUCUCAACACUGUUUGCGUCGCUGUCGAACACUAUGGCCAGCCAACAUUUCUCACGGAAUUUCUGUACUAUGCGGAAUUUAUCUUCCUGGGCCUGUUCAUGUCCGAAAUGUUUAUCAAGAUGUAUGCACUGGGGCCACGCAUUUACUUCGAGUCGUCGUUCAAUCGUUUUGAUUGUGUCGUCAUUAGUGGUUCGAUAUUCGAGGUGAUCUGGUCUGAAGUUAAGGGCGGCUCGUUCGGUCUGUCUGUGUUGCGUGCCCUCCGGCUGUUGCGCAUCUUCAAAGUGACCAAAUAUUGGUCAUCCUUACGUAAUCUAGUUAUAUCAUUGCUGAAUUCGAUGAGAUCCAUCAUCUCAUUGUUGUUCCUGCUCUUCUUGUUCAUACUGAUAUUUGCAUUGCUUGGCAUGCAACUGUUUGGUGGGCAAUUCAAUUUGCCAGGAGGCACGCCCGAAACAAAUUUUAACACAUUUCCCAUAGCACUCCUAACAGUGUUCCAAAUCCUAACCGGCGAAGAUUGGAAUGAAGUUAUGUAUCAGGGUAUUAUAUCGCAAGGUGGUGCAAAGAAAGGAAUGAUUUACUCUAUAUACUUUAUCGUUUUGGUACUCUUCGGUAAUUAUACGCUUUUAAAUGUGUUCUUGGCUAUCGCCGUCGAUAAUUUGGCGAAUGCUCAAGAACUGACAGCAGCCGAAGAGGAACAAGUCGAAGAAGAUAAAGAGAAACAGCUCCAAGAACUAGAAAAAGAAAUGGAAGCCCUCCAAGGCGACGGUGUCCAUCUGGAGAACGGCGAUGGGGCCGUAGUCACCAGCAAAGGCAAAGGCAAAAAGAAGGAGGAAGAGAAAAAGGAGGAGGAAGAAGUCACCGAAGGGCCAAAGCCAAUGUUGCCGUAUUCCUCAAUGUUCAUAUUAUCACCAACAAAUCCCAUACGACGUGGCGCCCAUUGGGUGGUUAAUUUACCAUAUUUUGAUUUCUUCAUAAUGGUCGUCAUAUCAAUGUCAUCAAUAGCAUUAGCAGCCGAAGAUCCCGUUCGUGAGAACUCGAGGCGAAAUAAGAUCUUAAAUUACUUUGAUUAUGCAUUUACCGGCGUAUUCACGAUAGAAAUGUUGCUGAAAAUUGUAGACUUGGGUGUCAUCCUACAUCCUGGCAGCUAUUUAAGAGAAUUCUGGAAUAUUAUGGAUGCUGUGGUCGUUAUAUGCGCUGCUGUUAGUUUCGGUUUCGAUAUGAGCGGUAGCAGCGCUGGACAAAAUUUGUCCACUAUCAAAUCGCUUCGGGUGCUGCGCGUCCUGCGUCCAUUGAAGACAAUUAAACGUGUUCCAAAAUUGAAAGCCGUCUUCGAUUGCGUCGUGAAUUCAUUAAAAAAUGUUGUUAACAUUCUAAUCGUGUACAUAUUGUUUCAAUUUAUAUUUUCUGUUAUUGGUGUACAAUUGUUCAAUGGAAAGUUUUUUUAUUGUACGGACGAGAGUAAACAUACUUCCGAAGAGUGCCAGGGUUCGUAUUUCAAAUACGAGGAAGAUGAGCUGCUGCCCAAACAGGAGAUGCGCGUGUGGAAGCCACGCAGCUUCCACUACGACAACGUCGCCGCUGCCAUGUUGACGCUGUUCGCCGUACAGACCGGCGAAGGAUGGCCACAGGUCUUGCAACACUCAAUGGCUGCCACUUAUGAAGAUAGGGGUCCAAUCCAAAAUUUCCGGAUCGAAAUGUCCAUCUUUUAUAUAGUAUAUUUUAUUGUAUUUCCAUUCUUCUUCGUCAACAUAUUCGUCGCCUUGAUUAUCAUAACAUUUCAAGAGCAAGGCGAAGCUGAAUUGCAAGAUGGUGAAAUUGACAAAAAUCAGAAAUCGUGUAUUGAUUUUACAAUCGGAGCUCGACCACUGGAGCGAUAUAUGCCCAAAAAUCGAAAUACUUUUAAGUAUAAAGUGUGGCGUAUCGUUGUCUCUACACCCUUCGAAUACUUCAUAAUGAUGCUGAUUGUGUUCAAUACGCUGCUGUUAAUGAUGAAGUAUCAUAAUCAAAGCGAGAUGUAUGAAAAGUCACUGAAAUACAUCAACAUGGGAUUCACAGGCAUGUUCAGUGUUGAAACUGUUCUAAAGAUAAUUGGAUUCGGUUUCAAGAACUUUUUCAAGGAUCCAUGGAACAUUUUUGAUCUAAUUACGGUAUUGGGCAGCAUUGUGGAUGCUCUCUGGAUGGAAUUCGGGCACGAUGAUUCGAACUCAAUCAACGUUGGCUUCCUGCGUUUGUUUCGUGCGGCGCGUCUUAUCAAAUUGCUUCGACAAGGAUAUACAAUACGAAUUCUCCUGUGGACCUUUGUACAAUCAUUUAAAGCACUUCCAUAUGUUUGUUUGCUUAUUGCAAUGCUAUUUUUUAUAUACGCCAUUAUUGGCAUGCAGGUAUUCGGAAAUAUCAAACUAGGUACAGUGGAAAAUUCUAUUACUAGGCACAACAACUUCCAGUCAUUUGAACAAGGCGUCAUGUUGCUUUUCAGAUGUGCGACGGGCGAGGCGUGGCCAAAUAUAAUGCUGGCCUGCCUGAAGGGAAAGGCCUGCGACGACGAUGCCGAGAAGGGUGCUGGAGAGUACUGCGGCUCGACUUUGGCCUACGCCUAUUUCGUAUCGUUUAUAUUCUUUUGUUCGUUUCUAAUGUUGAAUCUGUUCGUGGCCGUCAUCAUGGAUAAUUUUGAUUAUCUAACGAGGGACUCCAGUAUAUUGGGUGCUCAUCACUUAGACGAAUUUGUGCGCAUAUGGGCGGAAUAUGAUCCAAAUGCGACUGGUAGAAUUCAUUACACGGAAAUGUAUGACAUGCUGAAAAAUAUGGAUCCUCCAUUGGGUUUCGGUAAUAAGUGUCCCAACCGGCUUGCCUACAAGAAACUAAUACGGAUGAAUAUGCCAUUGGACGAUGAAUUGAGAGUCCAAUUCACGACGACGUUAUUUGCUCUGAUUCGGGAGAAUCUUAGCAUUAAAAUGCGAGCGCCUGAGGAAAUGGACCAGGCGGACCUAGAGCUCAGGGAAACCAUCACCAACAUCUGGCCAUUGCAGGCCAAGAAAAUGUUGAAUCUGCUCGUUCCACCCAUCGAUCAGUUGAACAAGGGCAAACUGUCAGUUGGUAAAAUCUAUGCAGGUUUUCUCAUAUUGGAAUCCUGGAGAAAUACAAGAUUCGGCCAGAUUGAUUCAGGCAUGCCGAAUUGGAAGGAGCGGAAGAAGCCCGAAGAUGAUGAUGAUCGUAAAUAUAGCCCAACGGCCGUCGAGGAGCCGAAACAAUCAUUCUUUAAUUGCCUGCUCGAUAUGGCAGCCCUUGACAAAGGAGGAUCGCGACAGGGCUCGAUAAGUUUUGAGCCAAAUGGGGAAGGAGGCGCCAACUCACAAACACAUUUGUUAGCAAGCACUUAUCACGCUAAUGGUGAUGUCGAACACAACAGUUUGGCAACACUAGCACGUCGGAGUACGAUCAGAAAGCGAUCAGUUAGAAACAAAAAGGUGAAUAAGUUUGAUAAACUCCAAGCGAUGCUGGAUCUGCAAGAUUCGUCGAGACAUCCAUCGCAGGAAUCGCUGACCGGUCCCGAUGCUGGCCAUUUACAUCCUGGACAUUCGUAUAUCAAUGGCCAUCGGCACUCGCCUAGCUUGAGACACAACGGCUCUCCUUUGGCCAGAUCGCCAAGUCCCAGACGACGCGGCCAUCAAUACAUACAUCAUGAUAUCGGAUUCUCCGAUACCGUAUCUAAUGUUGUAGAGAUGGUCAAGGAGACUCGACAUCCUAGGCACGGCAACAAUCAUCCACGGUAUCCAAGAGGUUCAUGGUCAGCAUCGACAAGUCCGGCCCGUUCGCCCUCGCCUUCUCGUUAUGGUGGUCAUUUGUCUCGCAGUAAACGCACUCAACUGCCUUAUCCCACAUAUGGGACAACAAGUUUAUGUCAAAGAUCACGAUCGCCGAGUCCCGCUCGACUUCAGGAGAUGCGUGAACGAGACAGACUUGGUUAUGGGAUUGAUAUGGGUGGCGCCCAUGUACAGCACAGCUACCCAACGUUGGCCUCUCGUCGUGCUGGCAUCGGACGACGCCUACCACCGACUCCGAGCAAACCGUCAACCCUUCAGCUUAAGCCAACCAACAUUAAUUUUCCAAAGCUGAAUGCGAGUCCAACCCACACGCAUCACUCAACACCCCACAGUGUUCACUCGCUGCCGCAUCACCGAGAUCUUUUGCGGGAUCCGAGAGACGUGUAUUAUAGUAGUAGAGAGCGAGAACGUGAUCGGGAACGUUUCAGAGAUCGAGAUCGGUUGCACGAGUACGACGUGCGUUACGAGUAUCGGGAUCGGGAACGAGAGUUGUACGAACGUGAACGAGACCGUGAGCGGGAAGUGGAAAGAGAAAGACUGGAAUAUAUAGCACCGUUGUCCUUUGAGCAAGCGUUAGCUAUGGGCCGAACGGGUCGUGUACUGCCAUCUCCAGUUCUAAAUGGUUUUAAGCCAAAGAGCGGACUUAAUACUCGACACUCCGAUUCGGAUGAGGAGGAUUGGUGCUAGCAAAGGCUUUGAUUGCGAUCG